UCUUGUUACCGUCACAAAAUCGCAUGCAUCUCUCCAUCAAUUUGCUCACCUAUCACCUGCCAGCUGAUGAUGGACCUGCUGAUACUCAUGGUCUAGAGAGUCGUACUUCUAUCACAUCGUCGCGCCACCAUGGCCUUGUAUGGCUCCCUACGUAAACGCUAAACCCAGAUCCUCAGUAUCGUCGGACCUAUCCUCCAGGCGAAAAAGAGGACAAAUUCUGACCACAAGCGAAGAGAAACCACAAGGAGCCGCAGAAAUUAGUUCUCAGUCUAUAUGGGGUCUCCCUCAUGUCCGUCGGACAAUAUCGUUGUCCAGCACAUUGGUGAGGGCGUGUCGUGACAUCAUGGUUAUUCAGUGCAAAGCGCUGAACGAACACAACACAGACCGUCGAGCAAAUCAGACUGGCGCUUCUGGGAGCAGCCAAAUUGGACAUAUGUCGAAAACAAUGGCUCCUGUUAUCUCCGCCGAUACUCUCUCUACCGGCUACCAGAGCCAAAACAUGACCCUCUCUGCUCCGAGCAGUCCUAUGCGCCAAGAGCCACCCUCUACACCGCUAUAUGCCAAUAUUGGGGUUCGCCGCGUACAUCGUACUUCCGCAGUUCGUACAUCGCCAGCUAGGGCAGGUCACUCUGUCGAAAUGAAGGCUAUCUUCGAGUCGGCUAGGCUCAAUAAGACUAACACAGCUGUAUCACCUCCUCGAUUCCCCUCGCAUCCUGAUUUGGCCAAGAUCCGCCCCGGAUAUAGCCCAAGUCGUUCAAGCCGUCCAACAAAUACAGCGAAUACAGAUAGAUGCAUAGCCUUUGCGUCUUGGUCGGACGAUUUGGAUCUUCUUGUCGACAAUUCAACCCAAAAAGCGGAUGAUAUCUUUGCGCCUACCACAAGCACCAUACCAUCUGCUGAACUUGAGCAAUCCUCUCCGGGCUCUCUCAAUGAAUAUACAGUUGCACAGAAUAAGAGCUUAGGGCUGGUUUCCUCUGUAAUCGAAAACAAAUUCCAGUCCCUUUCCAGGAAGCACGUCAAAUACAACCCGCCCGUUACAAAUAAAGCAGAAAAUCUCAAGAACUUGGGGUUUUCCUGUUCAUCUGAUAGGCAAACUAAUCCUCCUAAAGAAAGCGGAUAUCUCAAUCAGGCGUCCCAUCAAUGGCAAUGUCCAUACAUAACCAAUGAGAACACACCAACGACAAGACACUUGGAGCUCAACGACAUGCGCCUCACAACACCAACAUCUGAUGACAACGUCGAAAAUGCUGGCAGUGACGACCUAGAGCCCUGCAAUUUGAGUCCAAACGUUUGCAUCGAACGUGGUCCUUCGCGGUAUCAUGUUUAUAGACAUAUUUAUGGUGCUGCCAUGAAAGAGCGAACACCACUUUCCAUAGCAUUCUCGGAGUCUGAUCACACGUGUGUAUACGACGAGUGCUGAAUAAAUUUUCUUUUUUUCAAUCGUCAAUUUUUAAGAUUAACUAGUGUAUUUUACAUCACAACGGUUCAGGACCAGAGAAAUAGUCAGUAUAUUUAGUGUCUCAAUACCCAAAU